AUGACGAUAUCUACCAUAUUCAUAGUACGGCAUGCGCUCAGACUAGACUCAAUCGAUAAGUCAUGGAUCCAGACUUCUCCAACACCUUACGAUAGCCCCCUAGCAUCACCUCAAGGAUUUGAGCAAGCUCGUAAAACAGGCGACGCCAUUGCAGCCCUUGUUUUGGGCUCACACUUACAAGAAAAGGCUCUGGGAUCUGUGGCUAUCCAUUCGUCUCCAUUUCUACGCUGUGUUCAAACAGCCAACUGCAUAGCAUCGAGUCUAGGCGAGACAGCAUCUUGUUCUUCUUCUUCUUCUUCUUCUUCUUUUUCAACACAGUCCUCCUCUCGAUGCACCCUCCGAUUAGAUGCAUUUUUAGGAGAAUGGCAAACACCAGACUAUUACUCGGAUAUAGUUCCUCCGCCGUCGGAUGGCCACACGGAGUUGCAGGCAACUUCGCUAAGCUGGCUGGCCCAACAAGUGGGGCAAUCUUCCUCCUCUUCCUCCUCCUCCAAAAAAAUCGACUACACUUGGCCCUUAUCGCGGUGCGGACGCGCCGGAGAGUAUGGCGAAACUUGGGCAGCAAUGCACGCACGAGUCACGUCUGGACUCGAACAACUACUAGCUGAAUAUUCCACCGAUCCUAGUCUACAGAAUAUUGACACCCUUGUACUGGUGUCUCAUGGAGCAGCCUGCAACCCAUUGAUUGGUGAUCUGUUGCGGGCUCCAGUACUUUCAGUGGUCGGAGUGGCCAGUUACUGCGGGUUAAGCACGUGGUCACCUCGUCGGUUACGUGCAGCAGGAAACCCCCGAUGGACGGUUGUCUCAUCGGAUGGAGAUACUGAGACAGAGUCUGAAAGCAGCUCACUGGACGAGGAUGAUGAUGAUGAUGAAGAAGAAGAAGAAGAAUAUGAUGAUGACAUUUAUGAUGAAGACAGCUAUAUUAGACACCGACAAGCGAAACAGAUUCAGAGCUUGAAAAAUAUGGAACCGGCCGAAGAUUCUAAACAAUGGAGAGUGGUUGCUACGUCGCCGGAUUUGGCGGAACUUUUUGUAUCGUGGGGUCCAGGAGCAGCUCCCAUUCUGCGCGGGGUUGGCGGCAUCUCAAGUAAGCAUAGCAGCGUGAGAGGAUCGUUAGGUACCAAGAGUACCUUGUCUUCGAUAAUGACUACAAACCCAGUGUCGACCUCUCGUGGGUUCCGGCCGUUACAAAUGGGCAGCAUAAUAACGAUUGGUGGUACAGGCCAGAAUACUGUUAUUACUGCUCCAACAACAACAACAACUACCUCUCCUAAUUAUGAGACACCUACAGUAGCACCUCCGGUUGUUGUUGUGAGGGUGGAAAACUCUAUUGCGGAUACAACGGCAUUGCAUAAUAACCGCACAGGGUCUAGCGAGGCUUUUAUUGUUGACCAUAAUCAUCAACAUGGAGAUAUAUUACAACCCCGAGGAGGAGUAGGAGGAGAGCUGUUGGAGCGGCCACCUGGGCUAUCUACAUCUAACUCGACAUCUUGUUCGAGUUUUGAUGAGUUUGCAGAAAGUGGGCAUAAUGAUUACGAAGGUGAGGAGGAGGAAGAAGAAGAAGAAGAAGAAGGAGAAGGAAAUGAAAACAGUGAUGGUGUGCCCCACGUUGCUACUACUAUACGGAGUCACAAAGCCGAAUCGGUCACAUGUGGGGGAUCCAACAUAAUCAGCAAUAAUAAUUACAAUAACGAUAACAACAGCAAAGAUACUCUAAAGAAUGGAUAUUCAUUUAACAGCUAUCGAAGCAGCAUGGAUUCCGAUAGAACUACAGAUGGAAAGUUUGUUGUUGGCAAUAAUGUUAUUGAUGAUUAUGAUGAUGAUUAUAAUAAUAAUAAUAAUAAUAAUAAUAAUAAUAAUAAUAAUAAUGACGAUUACUACUAUUCAAACAGCACAUUGAGUCACCAUAAUAAUAUUAAUAAUAUUAAUAAUGAUCAACAAGCACAACCAGAUUAUUACGAUACCCCAUUUUUCUAUCGCCGCGGAAAUGUUACAGAUGGAGAUGUGACGCCUGUGGCCAGGUCUUUGUCAAGGUCCUCCUCUCGGUCAUCUCGAUCACGGUACAAGGCACUAGCAGGUGUUUUUGGGUCCAGGAGACGCCAGAAUAGUUCUGGUACUGCCGGGAAUCCAACUUUCCCCGUGUUACUCAAAAAACGCAAGCCUGUUGGUGUAUCUUUAGAUAAUACUAAGGAGGAGGAGGAGGAGAAGCCUUCAGCACAGGUCAAGAAGGUUCAAGAGUCUUUAGAAAAUUCGGCGCUGGCGUGCGAUGAAGAUGGAAAGGAUGAGAAUGGCCAAAGUUUUGGGCUUUAUAGGUUUGGAAGUAAUCAGCGGUUGGCCUCUUAUUAG